AUGGCAGUGGCAGCAACUCUCCUUCCCUCAACACCAUACUUACCACUCCCCCUCCCAAACUCUCUCUUCCUCCUCUCCUUCUCAAUCCCCUGCACCCGCCAUCACUUCACCCCUCCUGCCUCCUCCAAUCGCUCCUCCCCCUUCCCGCUUCAUCCCCGCCGUCCAUAUGUCGCUCUUCCUUCUAGUCCCGGCCGUUGCUUUGCCGCCAAUUCCGGGCCGCCUCUGCCUCCCCCAGAAUCUGACUCCACUAGCCUCACAGGUCUUGUAGCAUCUUUCUCCAAGUUUCAGGACAAAGUGCAGAUCUUUUUUGCUGUUCUUUUUGGAUGUCUCUUUUCUUCUGGGCUUCUGUAUGGGAUGAAAGGAGUCGACCAAACAAGGGCUCACGAUUUAGAAAAUGACCCAAGUUACUCUGGAAAGUUACUGUCGAAAUUGGUAGAGAGAACUGCAAUGGGAAAGCAGAAACUGCAUCGGGGAGUUUAA